AUGGCUGAACUCAUUUAUUUGUGUUACAAGGGUACUACUGUAAUCAAAUUCAGAAAGAAGUCUUUGAGGGUAUUCAAGUUGUUGAUAUUAGCAUGUGUAAUGGUAUGUGGUGUUUAUGUAUGUGUUACAUAUCCGAAACAAACACACAUCGAAAACAAGAGGGAACUUUUUGAGUUUCAAGUAAUUGAGAGGCCACGCCGUAACAAUGUGAUCUAUCAGUCUCAAAUCACUCACUUGCAUCACCCGAAACCAGAAGCCUUAAACAGGUUUGAAUAUGCUAGAAAUCGUGUGCAUUUGUUUGUCGUUAUAUCAAUGCAAAGAUCGGGAAGUGGAUGGUUUGAAACUCUAUUGAAUAGUCACGCUAAUAUAAGCUCCAAUGGUGAGAUAUUUGGUCCAAGAAGCAGGAGAGAAAAUCUUACGUUAAUUAUUAACACCCUCGAUCGAGUUUACAAUUUGGACUUGCUUACGAGUUCUUCUAAGAACGAAUGUUCUGCUGCAAUUGGCUUCAAAUGGAUGCUUAAUCAGGGCUUGACGGAAUUUCCAAAAGAGAUUCUUGAGUACUUUGCUAAGAAGGGUGUUUCUGUCAUCUUCUUCUUUAGAAGAAAUAUGUUACGUAGAUUGGUUUCAAUUCUUGCGAAUUCAUUUGAUAAAGACGCCAAGCUUCUAAACGGAAUUCAUGUAUCUCAUGUACACUCACACGAAGAGGCUUUGACACUAUCAAAAUACAAACCCAAGAUCAAUGUAACAUCAUUGGAGUCGGAUUUGGGAGAAAUGGAAUCAACAGCUAUAAAAGCGCUUGAGGACUUCAAUAGCACGAGACACAUUAUAGUCUAUUAUGAGGAUCUAAUAAAGCACCCUUCUAAACUUAUACAAGUUGAAGAUUUUCUGAAGCUACCGCGAAUGAAACUAAGAAGUAGGCAGGUGAAGAUACACAAAGGACCGUUAUCAGAACAUAUCAACAAUUGGGACGACGUCAAAAGGACUCUUAGUGGUACACCAUACGAGAAAUACCUUCGAUCUGACUACUGAUCAAUUGAUGCCCAAC